GUGGCGGCCGAUGGCGGGGCCCCGGGGCGAGCUGGAGCCUCUUUUGGGCGGCCGCGGCCACGGAGGGCAGGGCGACCCGGUGGGCCCGGGUGCCGGGGCCGGGCAGGACCUGCGCAUCCACCAGGCUGUGGUCUUCAUUGAAGACGCUGUCGAGUACCGCUCCAUCUACCACCGAAUGGACUCCGGCUCGCUGUGGCUCUACCGGUGCUAUUACUCCAACUGGAGCCAGCGGGCCCUGAGCUUCGCCAUUUUCCUGAUCCUGGCCUUGGCGUUCAUCGAGGCCCCUUCCUCCCUCACCUGGACGGCCGACGUGCGCUACCGCCCGCGGCCCUGGGCCCCGCCCUGCGGCCUGACCGAGGGCGUCGAGGCGCUCUGCCUGCUGCUCUUCGCGGCCGACGUCUCCGUGAAGGGCUACCUGGUGGGGUGGGCCCAAUUCCAGAAGAAUCCGUGGCUGCUGGCCUACCUGGUGGUGCUGGCUGUGUCCCUGGUGGACUGGACCGUGUCCCUGAGCCUUGCUUGUCAGGAGUCCCUGCGCGUCCGCCGGCUGCUCCGCCCCUUCUUCCUGCUGCAGAACUCCUCCAUGAUGAAGAAGACCCUGAAGUGCAUCCGGUGGUCGCUGCCCGAGAUGGCCAGUGUCGGGCUGCUGCUGACCAUCCACCUGGGCCUCUUCACCGUGCUGGGAAUGCUGCUCUUCACCAUGGGCGAGAAGCCCCCCAAGAGUUCCUGCACGCCCCCUGAGAGCUCCCCCAGGCCCCGAGAGCUUCCCCGGGCCCCCGAGAGCUUCGAGAGCUUCCCUAGGCCCCCGAGAGCUUCCCUAGGCCCCCGAGAGCUUCCCCGGGCCCCCGAGAGCUUCGAGAGCUUCCCCAGGCCCCGAGAGCUCCCCAGGCCCCGAGAGCUCCCCCAGGCCCCCGAGAGCUCCCCAAGCCCCCAAGAGCUCCCCCAGGCCCCGAGAACUCCCCUGGGCCCCCAAGAGCUCCCCUGGGCCCCCGAGAGCUCCCCAAGCCCCGAGAGCUCCCCGGCCCCCGAGAGCUCCCAGACGCCCCCCGAGAACUCCCCAGGCCCCCGAGAACUCCCCCAGACCCCCCCACCCCGAGAGCUCCCCCAGGCCCCCGAGAGCUCCCUAGGCCCCCAAGAGCUCCCAGAUGCCCCCCCGAGAGCUCCCCCGACCCCCGAGAACUCCCGCACGCCCCCAGAGCUCCUGCUUCUCACAGUGUGA